AUGAAGAAAUGCAAACGGAGCAGUCUAAUACCAGAAGGAUUUAGAUUAAAAUCAACAAGAUUUACGAAUAAUCAAUGUAAAGAGAUAUGCGAUCAAGCCAGUAGAAAAUUAAUGAAUAACACGAUAAAAGUUAACUAUGGGACAUUAGCUGUUACUGAAAGACAAAUUAGAAAAGUACAAGAAAAGUUAGAAAUACUGAACAACCUUCAACCUCAAUUAUUACCAGAGUGGUGUUAUCAAUUUCAGAAUAGAAUACCGUUAUUUAGAGAUCAAGUAAAAAAGAGAUUAUUCAAAAAGUUCUUAAUGUUGAUGAAUGAAAAGAAACGAAACCAACAACUUGAACUUUCAAAUAAACAAACAAUAAAUUAUGACAAAGUGGUGGAUUUGACAAGGAGACGAUUAACUAUUAAUGAAAAAGAGAUGUUAAAUUUAGGACUAAACUUCAUACCAACAACGAAACUAGAUGAAUCAAAAUAUGUUGCUCACGUAAUUGCUACGAUACAGUCUGCAUUGUAUAACACAAAUACCAUACAAAAAGAAUUAAUUAUAAGAGAAGUUAGUAAGACGAUUGAUAACCACUUACCAACUGCAAUUAAAAACAAUAGAAAUAAAAAUUUAAACCAAAAACAACUCAGUACGCUUAAAAAUUUAAAGAGUGAUAACGAGAUUAUAGUAGUAGGCGCGGAUAAGGGAGGAAAAGUUGUAGCGUUAGACGUAGAAGAAUAUAAGACGAAGAUUAAAGCAAAACUAAGCACCAAUACGUAUGAGAUUGUUAGAUCUAAACCAGAUCCAGCUAAGAAAAUACAUGAAGAGCUAAGCGAAUUAGUGAAAAUUUUGAAAAAAGUUAAAGCUAUUUCAAAUCGUCAAUAG